AUGAAACGGGUCGAAAAAUCUAGGGAAUUUUUCGUUUGGCAUAAAUGACAUUUGUAUAAAAAAUGGCAGGUAAAGGCUGGAAUUACAUUGCAGGUGUCCCCGAAACCGACGACCAACAACGUUUACGCUUCCAAAUCGAAUUAGAAUUCGUACAAUGCUUAGGGAACCCGAAUUAUUUAAAUUUUUUAGCCCAACGCGGUUAUUUCAAAGACUCAACCUUCGUUAAUUACCUAAAAUAUUUAUUGUAUUGGAAAGAACCGGAUUACGCCAAAUACUUAAAGUAUCCAAUGUGUUUAUAUUUUUUGGAUUUAUUACAAUACGAGCACUUCCGAAGAGAAUUAGUUAACUCGCAAUGCACCAAAUUCAUCGACGACCAACAAAUCUUACUUUGGCAGCAUUACACGCGGCGUAGAAGCCGAUUAUUACAAACUCCCAACGCUAACGGUGCUAAUAAUGAAUCAAACGUACAAAAUUCCCAAACAAACGGACAUUUAAACCAAAAAAUAACCUAAUUAUUGAUAUUUUUAAAGUAAAUAAGAAUUAACAUUUUUUUUUUUACGUUUAAGAGUGAGGUUAUGUUUGUUUGGGACGAAAGAUUGAGGUUAUGUUUGGAAUUAAAUUAAAAACGUUUUUUUUUAAAUGAUUUUUAUAUUUUAAUAAAUAAAUGAUAUAUA